AACAUUUUUAAUUGUUUUUUUUUUUGUUUUAUGAUUAUUUUUAUUUAUUUUUUAAUAAUUGUUUUAAUAACCAAUUAUUGAAAUGAAAAGAUCUCAUAGUAAAAUUCAAAAGGUUGAAUCUUGUUCUAAGCAAAUUAAAAUUACCACUUUAUUCUCACGUAUUUCACAUGAGCCAUCCAAAAUUGAAAAGGCAAAUAAUGAUAAUAAAACACCUAUUAUGAAAUCUUUGCCAAGCCCGAUUUCAAGUCCAGAUAUUAUACCACCAUCUCCAAUAUUAAAAAAAAAAUCAAUCAAAGCAAAAAGAAGUUUAAAUUGUAAAUUAAUUGAUGACAUAGAUCUUAAUAAUAAGUCUUCAAAUAAUGUUAUUAUCUCCAAAAAAACAUUAAAUUUAUCUACAAAUACUACAGAACAUUCUAAAAUAGAUGACCAUGAUGUUGAUAGUCAGUCUUGUAAUGGCACAGAAUCAAUUGCAAGUACGAUUUAUGAUGACACUGACUUUUGUUCUGAUAUGUUCCUUGAUGAUUGGACUGACUCUUGUUCUUCGCCUUUUAAAGAUAUUGAUUUGACCAUACCACAUAGAUGUAUUAUAAAAUAUAUUGUAAAAGAGGUAGGAAAAAUUUGUUUGUCUUUAAAUUCUUGCAAAAGUAAUCACACACAAUGCGUAUGUUAUCUCAGUGGUAUUUGGCUUCAUAGCUUAUUUGAAGUAGGAGAUAUAGUGACCGUAAUGGCAGAAAAAUUCAAUGAUCUCUGGUCAGUAAAUAAUGAUUAUGGUUUUGUUACUAGACACUCAGACUUUUUGGUAUCCGGUACAACAAUUGUUGGAUCAUUAUUCUGUUCACGACGUUCAGUUCUUACUGAUAUAUAUAAGGGUCUUGAUUGUUGUCCGGCUAAUAUGGUUAUGGGAACACUUCUCCAUCAAUUAUUACAAACUGUACUAAAAAGAAAGCAAUUUAGUUACAAUGGCAUUCAAGCUGUAGUAGAUGAAAUGAUUAACAGCCAAGAUUUUAUCCAUACAUUAUAUGAAUCUGAUAUGAAUUUAGAAAUAACUAAAAAAGAGCUAAUGGAUUUCAUACCGAAAAUCCAAAGUUUUGUUAGAAAUUAUGUGGCCGGUUAUCAAACUGGGAAAGAUAAAAAAACUUGGAAUGGUGAAAUAAUGUCAGUUGAAGAUAUAGAAGAAAAUUUAUGGGUACCUGAAUUUGGUGUUAAGGGUAAGGUAGAUGUAACUGUACUAGCAAAAUAUGAUGGUAAAUGCAAAAUAAUGCCAGUUGAGUUGAAAACUGGACGAGCUUCUGGAAGUGAAGAGCAUCGUGGUCAAGUGAUAUUGUAUGUAAUAAUGAUGGCAAAAUUAGGCAUGGAUGUAGAUUCAGGCUUAUUGUUAUAUCUCAGAGAAAAUGUUUUAACCCAAGUCAAAGUUGGACAUAAAGAAAAACGAGAUUUAAUAAUGCUACGUAAUAGACUUGUGCACUAUUUAAAUGCAAAUAAAGUAAUUUCAGAUCCUAAUGAUAACUAUAUUCCAACAUUACCUGAACCCAUAAAUCAUCAUAAUGCUUGCUCAAAAUGUUCAUAUUUGACUACAUGUAGUGCUAUUUUAAGUAAAGAAGGGUUUGAUAAACUGGAUAAUCAUAAUCCGUUAAAAAGUUUAGGCCCUCAAGCUAUAAGCCAUUUAAAACUUGAACAUAUUAAUUAUGUCAUGCAAUGGACAGCUUUAUUACAGUUAGAAAAUUGUAUUGAAGACACUAGAGAUAAUUUAACUGCAAAAACUAGUGACAUAUGGACAUUACCAAUUAAUGAACGUGAAAGCCGUGGACAUUGUAUUUCUUCAUUGAUUGUUAUAAAAGCUGUUAAAGAACAAGGAGACCGUUAUUAUUUACACACAAUGAAAAAAUCAGACAAAUCUAAUAAAAAAAGCUUUAAACUCACAACAUUUUCUGUAAAUAAUUAUUCAAUAAUUAGUACAGAUGAUCGAAAUGCAAUCGCUACAGGUUUUAUUUCUGAUAUUACUGACACUUCAGUGGAUCUAUUAUUAGAUAGGGAUUUAACUAAACUCAAACCAUCAUUAUAUCAUUUAGAUAAAUAUGAAUCACAGUCAAUAGUAGCAUUUAAUUUUUCUAGUUUAGCUCUAUUAUUAGAACCUAGUGAAAAUUCAGCACAAUUAAGACGAUAUAUAAUUGACAAAGAAAUACCAAAAUUUUUACCAAUCAAAAGCAACAUAGAUUUUUUUAUUAAAAGCUCUGGAUUGACUUUAAAUUUAAAUUUUUCCCAAAAAUCAGCCAUUAUCAAGGCUUUAAUUGCUGAAAACUAUGCUCUAAUUAAGGGUAUGCCUGGAACUGGUAAAACAUCAACUGUAGCUACUCUUAUUCGAUUACUUGUAUUGAUGGGUCGGUCAGUGUUGGUCACUUCUCAUACUCAUUCAGCUGUUGAUAAUCUUUUGCUAUUGUUGCAUAAAAAUGGAAUUGAUUUUUUGAGGUUGGGUUCAAAAACUUGUGUUCAUCCUGAUUUAUGGGAAAAAUGUGAUAAAAUUGUUUCUCAAAGUUGUGAUUCAACUGACAAAUUAUCAAAGUUAUACAAUCAAGUGAAUGUUGUUGGAGUGACUUGUCUUGGAUGUGGACAUGCGUUACUUCAAAAACGUAAAUUUGAUGUAUGUAUUGUGGAUGAAGCCACCCAAGUAGUACAGUCAUCAGUCAUAGCUGCUCUUCAUUCUUCUAAGGUAUUUGUUUUAGUUGGUGACCCACAACAACUACCACCUCUAAUCAAGAAUAAAAAAGCAAAAGAUUUAGGUAUGGAUAUCAGUUUGUUUGAAAGAUUAGAUAGGCCAUCUGUUACUGCUGUUCUUCGUGUUCAAUACCGAAUGAAUGGUCCUAUAGCAGAACUUGCCAACAAAUAUACUUAUAAUGGGAGCUUAAAAUGUGCAAAUGAUGCUGUAAAGUAUGCAACAAUAAAACUCAAAGAAACACAUGUUAAAGAUGAAUGGUUGAAAAAUAUUGUAUCAUCAGAUUUAAAUAAGUCUGUUUUACUUUUGGAUACAGGAAUUGUGAAUAGUAGUUCAACAGACACAAAUCUAACAGAAGUGAAAAUUAUCAAACAAAUAAUUUUAAUUUUAAUUCAAGGUGGACUUACAGAAGAAUCAAUUGGUGUCAUUGCUCCUUACAGAGCCCAAGUAACACUUUUGAAAAAUGAAAUUUUGAUUGUGAAUCCCGACAUUGAAGUAAAUACAGUUGAUCAGUAUCAAGGACGAGACAAAGAAGUUAUAAUAUACUCUUGUACAAAGAAUACUGUUGCCAAAGAUGUUGGCAUAUUGAGUGACAAAAGAAGAAUAACUGUGGCUAUAACUAGAGCUAAGCAUAAAUUAAUUAUAAUUGGUGAUGUAAUGAGAAUGAAAAAUUACGAAACAUUCAAUAGCUUAUUUAGCCAUAUUACUAAUAUCAUAAAACUACCUCAAGUUUAAAAUCUUAAACUGAUUUAAUAUUUUAUAAUAAUAACUGAUAACCUUUUUAUGUAUAUUGUGAUGUAAUUUUUUUGCAUAUUUUUUUAGUAAGAUGUCUUUAAAUUAUUACAUUUUCAUUAAUAUCAUUCUCAGUUUUAGAAUACACAU